AUCGGUUACAAAUAAGCGUGAUGCCUCUACCAGCAUAUCGUAGUAUUCGGCUCGUUUUGAGUGACAUCGCAGCUCUCCACUAUGCGAUCUUACUUGUACUGGAUAAUACAUGUUGGGAUAAAGCAUCCCUGGGGCUUCGAGCUUUGUAGCCAGUCCGCAGAUGUUGAGAAGUUAUUCGCAAAGCUGCAGCAGGAGGAAGAAAAAGACUAGAUAGUGUUGCGGCAUGUAGAAGUUAGAGUGCACCGGAUAUUCAUGGAUUUUGAGGCAAGGGUUUCUGUUCGGACAAGUUUAGUUUCCGAUGCACCUGGCAUAGCGACGAAAAUAGACAUGAAGUAUUAGCUGGAACGCAGAUUGGAGGAGCGUUGGAAGUACUUCCAGCCUCAUCGUAUUAUUCUUUCAUUGGAUUGAUCAUCGUCGGUCGCAACAAAUAGUUUUUCAGUAGAACAUGGCCUCGCCCGCUGUGAGGAGAAAUCAAUCAAUAGGACAUGAGAACCUGGAUGGCUGGGACACCGAGAGGCCCGUAGCCGUGGCCGCCCUUUUAUGUAAGAAAGACAACGGCGCCGGGAAGAGACAUGGAACUUCUGUUGUCUUGGCUGGUCCGAGUCAAAAGUUCCACACUGUCGGGUGGCGGAGCGGAGCACAGAAACACACACACACGCACACACAGAAGAGAAGGGCAGUGAGCAGUAAGCAGUUUAAUCAUACUGUGGCUGCUGAGAAGACACGCCAAAAGUGGCUUUCCCAGAAGGCGCUCUCGCGCACACGACUUCGCGGAGAAUUAAAAGAAAUAAAAUCUCUCAGAAUCGCUGCCAUCCCCAUAGUGCGCGCAUCUUGUUCCCCCAACAAGAAUAAAAUAAACGUCCGUCCCGAGAUCGGAUUUACCUUUGGCACGCUGGGCUAA